CAAAAUCAAAAUCAAAAUCAAAAUCAAAAGCUUAGCCACAGUGCGUACUCGCUAAGUUGAUACCACUGAGCGUGUGUAUUAAAUGUGUUUCUGUGCGUGUUUGAGUGUUGGAGCGCGUUGUGCAGACAUGAAGUGAAUAAGAAAUUGGAAAAGCACUAAAAAAAAAUAAAAAACAAAAAACGCUAAAGAAAACGCAAAGAAACGUGUUGAAGCCAAUGAGCAAAGCAACGACCAGUAGCUGCAACAACAACAACAAGAAGCUAUAAUAGUAACAACAACAACAACAACAACAAACAACACGAUGCAUACAGACGGGCAUGUGGAGUCAACGCAGCUGAGGCUCAGCCUCGAUUUGGGUAUUUCCAAUCAACAGCCAGCUGAGGGCAUCGGAAUGGCAACAGAUCUGCAAAUGCCUGGUAAAUAUUGCCAAAAAAAUAGCCAACAGCGCCGGGGACGACGACGACGUGGCGCAGCUGAGAGUGCCAAGUGGCAAGCAGCUGGUGGAUUCUCUGGCAUUUUUUGUUGGUCCAUCAAUUUGGCCAUUCUGAUUUGGCUAGCACAUUGCACGAAUGCCGUGCCCACCGACAGCAGCAGCAGCAGCAGCAGCAGCAGCAACAGCAACAGCGCAUCCUCUACAAUUGUCAUGGCCGUGGUUACGCCGAGCAGCAUUAGCUCGAGUGGCAGCAGCACAACCGAAUCGCUGCUGGAGCAGCAACAGCCGCAGGGCCAAUGCCUGCUGGACGGCAUUUGGGUGCCAGAGACCACGGUGCACUGCGAGAAGCAGACGAGCUGCCGCGCCAUUCAGCGCACAGGACACUGUUGCCCCGAUUAUAAAUGCGAUUGCCAAAAGGACGGCAAGACCUAUGCGAACGGUUAUAAAUUGGUUGAUCCGGAUACACCCUGCACCGUUUGUUACUGCAAAGGUGGAGCAAUUGUGUGCAGCCCUGUGACCUGUUUCCGCCGCGAUGAUUGCAUGCCCAAAUACGUGCCCGGCCGCUGCUGUCCGGAGUAUGACAACUGUCCCAUUCUUGACAACAAUCCGCCGCUGUCCAGUGAGUCGAGCAGCGCGGCACCGUCGACCGCCAAGCCAGCGCCGGCUGCACCGCCCGCUGGUUUCAAUUGGAACAUAACCAUCAAGGAGAUUACCAAGCCGACAGAGAUACGCAUAACUGAUGACAAUCACAAGGUCAAACAGACAAUACCCACGCGCAAAGCGCCCAAUACGGAGGCGCCGUCGGCAGCAACAAGCACGGCAACAACAGCGGCAACGCCAACUGCUGCCGCAGCAGCUGUUGCUGAUAGCACAACAGCAGCAACAGAUAUGCCGGCAAGUGAAGCAACAACAGCAGCUGGAGCAGCAGCAGUUAGCAGCACAGCAGCAACGCCAACAGCAGCAACUGAUUCGCCGGCAACACCAACGCUUAGCCAAGACACAAACCCAAAAGCACUUCCAGUCAAUGGCAGCGAAAGCUUAAAGCUCAUCGCCUCAGUGGGCUACAUUGAGCACCCGCUCCCGCAUAACACUCACAUAGGCGGAGCACAACAGCCGAAGCCGCUGGUCACCUACAAUUCGGACGGCUUGCAGCCGUUGGCCGAGAACGAUCCCAGCAAGGUGAACAUCAAGAGGGAGUAUACCACAGAGGGCGUGGCCGGGCUGUACAGCACCAGAGCCGAGGCAGUGCCCAUCGGCGCCGGCUCCCUAUUGCUGCAAAAUGGCUUCAGAGAUGCGCUUGUGGACAAUGUUGCCAGUGCUGCUGAACUAGAGCCGGAUACAGCGGGCAGCGACAACAUCUACCACAUCAUCUCCACCACAGAAGGACCCAGCAGCAGCAGCAGUAGCAGCAGCAGCAGCACUGAGCGUCCAUCAAUGUCAAGCACAGAGGGACCCAUGCAGUCCACUGAGUACAGCUCCACUUAUGUCUCAAAUGUGACCAUGGAACUGGAAUCAACUACAGAGGGAAUGAUAGCAGUCAGCAGCACUAGCAGCACCAGCAGCAGCAGCAGCAUCAGCGAACAGCCAAGCUCGACUACUGCGCAUCACAUGGAAGAGGAAGAUGUGCCUCAGGUGGAAUCGAAUCCGGCUUAUCCCUCGCUACCCGAGGACGAUUUCAGUCUGCGUGAUGUCAACUUUCCGCUAGUCGAGCUGGAGGAGAUUGUCGAGGCAGAGAGCAAAGAUGAGCAGCGCAGCAUAGUCAGCGCCUUCGAGCGAGACAACAAGCGCAUCAAGCUGGUCACAGAGAACAGCUUGGAUGCCAGCGGCAAUGGCAGCGGCGCUGGCAGUGGCGGCGGCAGCGGCGACCCCGAAUUCUAUCUUGGCUCCACAACCGAGCACAUGCUGAGCGAAGCAUCCAGUCUGGGCAAGGUCUCCAUUCAGCAAGUGCCGCUCAUGUACAGCGCUGAGGAUAGCUCCGCAGAGACGCGCAUUCAAAACGUUAACGAGCUGGCCAAGCUCAGUGCCAGGCAGACAGAAAACGAGACCAGCGGCGAGCUGGACACUGGCAGCGGCAAUGGUGAGCUGCGCGAGCCAACAACGCCACGUGCCCAGCGACUGCCCGCCGUGGACAUAGAUGAGCUGGGCUCAGGCGCCGGCCAGGCCCAAGGCGCAACAGCACAGGACCCCAAGGCAGAUGCCGAGAGCCUCAAGCUGGACGAGAGCCUGGAGCAAGCCGACAAUGUGAUCAAAACCAAGGCAGCUGCGCGUGGCGAGAAAAGCUUCGUCGAGCAAAGCGCCACAGCAGCGGCCCAGCAUCUCGAGCGACUCUAUCUGCAGCGAAUAUACUGAGAGAGCGAGAGAGAGGGAAUCGCAAGAUCAAGCAGGUAGCACAACAAAUCUUUUGGUGUAUAUAAAUACUAUAUAUGGUACGUAGCAGAGCUGUAGUUUCCAAGAAGAAAUUCAAAUGCUUGGGUGAAGCGAACGACUAGGUAAAUGCCAUGGUAAUUCAAAAGUAGUUCAAGAAUUACUCAAGUAAUUGUUUUUUUUUUUGUGUAAUUCUCAUACGCAAGCAAUUGUAAAACAUAAACUAAUACUUCUAAGAGUUGGGCAUCGAUAUCGAUAGGCAGUUAUCGAUCCUGAGUGCGCAGUCUAAAAGGAAAGUGAGCGGAAAGUCUUUAGUUUAAGUAGCAAGAGCAACAUUAAUAAACAGAAUCUAAUUUGCACAGACUGCAGAUUAAAUUUUAAAUGCAAAUCCAACUCAAGCGUUAUUUAGACUUGAAUUUAACUAGAAAUUAAGCAUUAAUUUAGCAGCAACAACAACAACAACAUAAAGCUGGGCUCCCCAAAUGCAAUAA